AUGGGUCGGCUCUGGACCCUAUUGCUUCUCAUCGGUGUCGCAAGUUGUCUUUUGUCGUUAGAAGAGGAAGAUCACCUUCUUCACGAGAAACUCGCUCAACACGGAAUCGAAAAAUUUAACGAAAAUUCCAACGAUUUGUACAUUUGGGAACUCGACAGAACGUGGGAUGUUGAAAGAAAAUUGUCCAACGGUAUUCAUUACACCCUCGAUGUGACUCUAGUUAAAACUGACUGCAAAAAGAAUGAAAAACACAAGCGUGAGUGUAAAAAGACCGACACCUUAAAGAAAUGCCAAAUUGUUGCGAUCCGACGUGUGAAAAGGCACGAUCUCAGAGACUCAUCGAAAGUAAAAUUCUGCGAAGAGGAAUUCACUAGAAAUAUCACUGCGUUCGAUCAACGAGUAAUCAAGCUUGCACAUGACGACUCAAUAACAGUAGAAGAUCUACGAAGAGCAAAGAUUAUCAAGCCUCGCGACUAUGUUCAUUGGAAUUCGUUCCUCGAUUUUAUGGAUCGGCAUGAUAAGGUUUACACCAAUAAACGAGAGGUCUUGAAACGUUUUCGAGUGUUCAAAAGAAACUCGAAAGUAAUUCGCGAGAUGCAGAAGAACGAACAAGGUUCGGCUGUCUACGGGCAUACGCAAUUUUCUGAUAUGACUCCAAUGGAAUUCAAGAAGAUCAUGCUACCUUAUCAAUGGGAAGAACCUGUAUAUCCCAUGAAGGAAGCCAAUUUUGAAGCGGAAGGUGUCACUAUUGCCGAUGAUGAUUUACCAGAAUCCUUUGAUUGGCGUGAAAAGGGCGCUGUAACUCAAGUGAAAAAUCAAGGAAACUGUGGAAGUUGUUGGGCAUUUUCCACAACUGGUAAUAUUGAAGGCGCGUGGUUCUUAAGCAAAAAUAAGCUUGUCUCACUCUCCGAGCAGGAGCUUGUCGAUUGCGACAGUGUUGAUCAGGGCUGCAAUGGUGGCCUUCCAAGCAAUGCUUACAAGGAGAUUAUUCGCAUGGGAGGGUUAGAGCCAGAAGAUGCUUAUCCGUAUGAUGGAAAAGGCGAAACAUGCCAUUUAGUCAGAAAAGACAUUGCCGUCUACAUCAACGACUCUGUUGAAUUGCCACAUGACGAAGUUGAACUCCAAAAAUGGCUUGUAACAAAGGGACCAAUAUCUAUCGGUUAG